GAAAUCUCGCGAGAUCAGUUUCCUAGGUAACGGUACACCGUGUUUUCAUGGAGAGGUCUGAGCGACAGAAGAUUCAACUGACAACCAACCAGCCAUACGACGAAAGUUUUGAGGUGAACGCAGAGGAGGCGGCCAGUGUGCACACACCAACCCCAAGACAGAUAAUUUCCAGGAGGGCUGGCAGACAUAAGCAGAGCACCAUGGCCAGUUACACCGGUGAUAAAAUAGAAGAAGACACUAAACAGCGAAAGAAAGAGCCGCCUUCUGGUCCUCGUGGUACUAAUGAAAAUGAUGAUGCAGAGGAAGAGGAAGACGACGACGAUGAUGACGAUGAUGAUGACGAUUCUGAUGACACAGAGUCUGAUGAAGAGGAUGGGGAGCCCGGAUCUGCUCUGGAGGGUGCUUAUGAUCCGGCCGAUUAUGAUCACCUUCCUGUGAGUGCAGAGAUCAAAGAGCUGUUUCAGUACAUUACACGAUACACCCCACAGACAAUAGAGCUCGACCACAAACUGAAGCCCUUUAUCCCAGACUUCAUCCCAGCUGUAGGGGACAUUGACGCUUUCCUUAAAGUACCACGGCCAGAUGGAAAAGCUGACAAUCUAGGUCUCCUGGUUCUUGAUGAGCCAUGCAUUAAACAGUCAGACCCCACGGUGCUCUCGCUGUGGCUUUCAGAAAACAGCAAACAACACAAUGUUACUGAAGUGAAAGUUAAGAGCAUCGAAAACCCGGAAAAGAACCCCAAAGCCAUAGACAACUGGAUCGAGAGCAUUACUGAGCUGCAUAAAUCCAAACCUCCUGCUACUGUACACUACACAAGACCCAUGCCAGACAUCGACAACCUGAUGCAAGAGUGGCCGCCUGAAUUUGAGGAACUUUUGGGGAAGGUGAAUCUGCCCACAGCAGACAUUGACUGUGAUUUGGCAGAGUAUGUUGACAUUAUUUGUGGAAUCCUGGACAUUCCUGUGUACAAGAACCGAAUUCAAUCACUUCACGUCCUGUUCACACUCUACUCCGAAUUUAAGAACUCACAGUGGGCUGCUUGUUGUCUUGGACUGGUGGUUCUGCCUGAUGCUUCCUCCUCAUUCCCUGGGGUGCUGAUUCUCUGCGGACUGUGGGGUUCUUCCUGCCGCUGAUUCUCAUCCGACUGAUUUAACCUUCUUCUUAACAGAAUCUGGUCAAUGCGGGGCCCUGGGUUGGUGGUUUUCAGGCAUUUCUUCCAUCCUUGAUGUACCUUAAGACCAUGUGUUGUUGUUACUUUCGCCCAUACACACGCAAAUUUGAAGAAAAGCAUUCUGGCAGAGAUUUGACAAAGCAGUAAGACAUUAUUUAAUUUAGUUUUGUUAAACUUUUGUA